GCAUAUGCGGAGAACCAGAAUAUGUGGCAACCCAUUUUCUUCAAAGCAAGCCUUUAGCCUUCCCCUGACAUAGUAUUCAUGUCAUCAUCACUAUUUCUAUUCUUACUGCUGCUGCAGCUCCUGCAGCGAACUUGUCAAGUUGCUGCUGCUGCAGCUGUUGUUCCUGCACCAGCAGAUAGCCCGGUCAUGGUGGAGCACUACUGUCGACCUUCUUCCUGUGGCGAAAUCAUCAUCCAGUCUCCUUUCCGGCUCACAACCGAUCCUUGGAGCUGCGGGAACCACAACUACAGCCUGUCAUGUGAGAGCAAUACAACUGUGUUGUACCUCAAAUCAGGGAGAUACUAUGUCAAGGCGAUCAAUUACAACAACUUCACAAUCCGGUUGGUGGACCAUGGCGUGGUUAAGGGCAAUUUCUCUUCCUUCCCCGCUCAUCCUUUGUCCGUAGACAGCGUUAAUUCUUCUUCAUUUGGAGCCUUCUAUUCUUCCAUGAGAAGAGGACAGCUAUCUCUGGGGAUAGUACCUCUAGAAGAACAAUUAAAUGGUGUCUUGGCUCUGGUAAGCUGUGACAACCCAGUGGCCAAUUCUACACUGUAUGUGGAAACAGCUCCUCGAAUCGGUGGUUCCAACCCGCAUUCGCCAUCUAGUUAUGCCAUGGUUGGGAGCAGCGAUGGUGCAGCAGUACUGUUAUCCGAUCUUGCAGACACUUGCAGAGUGGAGAUGCUUUCUCUGUGUCCCAUUACCAAUGAGGAGAAGAUUAAUAGCUAUCACAACAUCAAGGUCCCGUUUCGUGAAAUUCACCGGCGACUUGAAUAUGGGUUCCUGAUAGAAACUAGACUUGAGAAUUAGGGAUUGGGAGAGAAGAAAUUAGGGAUUUAAGAGAGUACUAGAGAGAAAGAGGGAUUAGGGAUUGGGAAUUCUUUGAUUAUUAUUGCCUGCCUCUCACAGUACGUUGCUGAACCUUUUAAAUAGAAAUUCUAGAAAACA